GAAGAUCUAUGGUUUUCCUGUAGAGAGCCUGUUCUCGUUCCCAGUCUAUGCUCUUCACAGGGCCGAUGGGCGGUCGGUGCAAACAUUCCACCUCCAUUACCUCACCCUCAGCGAAGGGGCCGCUGGGAUAGUGGAGGACUCGGGCUUUUCAGCCUUGCUUCAGCUCUCUAUUUAGCCGGCGGCGAGGCUGGGAUUGUUCGCCCGGUGUCACUGUGUAGUUUCCCUCCACAGCCUGCCUUGCUUCGCUUCGCCCCGCCCUGCUGGGUCUACUUCUUCGGUGCUCCCCCGCCCCGGCCCAUGGCUCCAUGAAGCGCGGGGCGGUAGAGGUGGCGGCGGCAGAGGUGGUGGCGGCGGGGAGGCAAGAGCAGAAGCGGCGGCGACGGUGGUUGGGCUGAAAAAGUGACUGGGGCAGAGAGCCGUCUCCGGGGCCAGGAAAAGAGAAGGUUUGGGGAACAGGAAUGGGCCGUGAGAAAAGAAAAUUCAUUCCAGAUAUAAAAUAAUUUCCCCUUCCACCUACCCACGACCCCCUUGGCAAUAACAAGGUGUCUGCUUUCAGGUUCUACAGUGCUCCAGACAGCAAGUGCUGAAUCAGGAUGGGAAAAAGACGCUGUGUUCCUCCACUUGAGCCCAAGUUGGCAGCAGGCUGUUGUGGGGUAAAGAAACCCAAAUUGUCUGGAAGUGGAACACACAGUCACGGGAAUCAAGCCACAACUGUGCCAGUCUCUAGUUCAGGUCCUCUUCAGAACCACCAGCAUGCAGAUGGGGGCAAUGGAAGGGAAAACGUAUCAGAUUUGACUUUGUGCCCUGGAAACACUCCAAUUACUCGAAUGAAUCCCACUUCAGGAGCUUUGAGCCCACUCGCCCAGCCUAAUGGAACUGCCAACAGCACCAAGAACCUAGUGGUGACAGCGGAGAUGUGCUGCUACUGCUUUGAUGUACUCUACUGUCAUCUUUAUGGUUUCCCUCAGCCACGACUUCCUCGGUUUACCAAUGACCCCUAUCCUCUCUUUGUGACGUGGAAGACAGGGCGAGACAAGCGACUUCGGGGCUGCAUUGGAACUUUCUCUGCCAUGAAUCUUCACUCAGGACUCAGGGAAUACACAUUAACCAGUGCACUUAAGGACAGCAGAUUUCCACCCCUGACUCGUGAAGAGCUGCCUAAACUUUUCUGCUCUGUCUCCCUCCUCACUAAUUUUGAGGAUGCCACUGACUAUUUGGACUGGGAGGUGGGAAUCCAUGGAAUCAGAAUUGAGUUCAUCAAUGAGAAAGGUGUCAAACGCACAGCCACAUACUUACCUGAGGUUGCUAAGGAACAAGAUUGGGAUCAGAUUCAAACAAUAGACUCCUUACUCAGGAAAGGUGGUUUCAAAGCUCCAAUUACCAAUGACUUUAGAAAAACUAUUAAACUCACCAGGUAUCGCAGUGAGAAGGUGACAAUCAGUUAUGCAGAAUACAUGGCUUCUCGUCAGCAUUGUUUCCAGAAUGGCACUCUUCAUGCCCCGCCCCUCUACAAUCAUUACUCCUGACACAAGGCUGCAUGACCAGUCCCGCCCCCCAGCUGCCACUAACAGCUAUGACAUCAUUGGAGCAGAUGCUUCCUCUUCCUGGUCCAGUUACUUCUAUUACUGCACCAUUUUAUGAUGCUAGCUUCCGUUGCCAAGUCUGCCUUCCAGCUGACUGAGGGGUUGGGGGAUACCAGUGAGUGCAACUGAACUCCUGGGGGGCCAAGCCUUACCUCUUCCUUGCUUCAGAAUGAAGGUCCAGUUGGGUUGAGGCUCCAAGACUAGCAGUUGCAGUUAGGUAGAAAGAACCUUGAGGAAUGGCAGUACCACUUCAGAUUGCUGUCUGUGUUAAAUUGCACUGUGUUUAUUUGAAUUGUUAAUUAUGACAGCCUCCUUGGAUCAAGUUGGAGAGUUCUCAUGGCAGUCUGGGCAACGGAGUCCAACAAAAGAUUUUUAGGUUAUUUUUUUUUAACCUCUGAUAUUUACCUACCAUGAGCUGAUCCUAACACAUCCCAGGCAAGCAGAUGACAUGACAUGUUGCAAGGAGGGUAUGUCUGCAGGGAUUCUUCCUCCUCCUUGCAGAAGAUGGCAAUUGCUUGACACCUUGAAGGGGAAAAACAAUUUACUGCAGAUAAAAUAAUUGUGUAUACAUAUUCAAGAGAUUUCAGUUCAUGCAUCUGGCUACCUUUGCUUUUGACAGUGAAGAAAAGUAGCCCUCUAGACAUGGACCCAUAAUACAUGCAUGAAGGUGUACUGGUUGUUUGUGGGAGUGGCUUAGGUUUCCUUUUCUCUCUGGAGUAUGAUCACUUUUUUCUUUGGGGCUGCUCUGGGUUUCUAACCUAAACAUUAGCAGCAGGGUCUGCAGUUGGAUUGGGGCAGGUCUGUUCCCCACAAAGCCAUUAUUAUAGUUCUAGAGGGAAAGUGUGAAAGUUGACAAAAGGAAGUAUCCAUUGGGGACUGUGUAUAACAGGCAGCAGCUUUCUCUGUCAAAAUCUGAUAUCCAGAUAAUGAAAUAUGAUAAAUACUGGCCUUUAAGUGGCUAUCUAAUACAGCUGUAUUGGUGAUUCGGCCCUAAAUCCAUAUACCUGGAAAUAAAAUCGGUUUAAAUUGAACUUGCUUCUAAGAAAAUAUGCUUAGAAUUGGAAUCUGAGAAAUGUUUGGCUGCCAAACUAGGUCUGUUAAAUCAGAUUCACUUUUUACUAUCUUACAGAUUUGUUUCCUUUCCCAUUAUUGCUUAAAAAUACCCAAAACACUAAGUAGUAAAUGAAUUCCAUCCUUUUCUGUUCACCAUCCCGGGUCUCUUGUAUGAGUUCCUGAAUGAUGUCAUGAAUGCAGCUGGCAUUAUGACACUUAUUAAAUGAAUCCACAGGAGCUAUGGAAUGGUAAUGUCUAAAUAUCUUUAUGAUUAUCUCUGAUGGGCAAAGAAAAUCCAGAAAAAAAGAAGCAUAGUAUAAUGGAUUUAAUGCCAUGUAUGUAGUAAAACUGGCUUUAUAGAUGGCUGAUUGGAAGGCAUUUAUUGAGAAUUCUCAAUAUAGAUACAUAUCUUCAAUCUUUAGGUUGAAUGAACAUUACCCUAGGAAGGGACAAAUGGCUCCUGUCUUUAAGAAAGCGUCAAGAGUUGCCUGAACAGAUGUUGAAUUUAUUCAAGUAUAAACAGACAUUAAUAGCCCAUAAUAUUAAACAGUAUUUGUCAUUACGUGGCUUGGCUGCGCAAAGAAAAAGGGAAGACUGCAAUUUGAUACCAUCUUAUUUGCAAUAGGACAGUUCACAAUCUAGGAAGUCUCUAAAAGUGCCAGCCUAAGUGGAGUUGCACCCUUUUAAGCUUGUUGAUGUCAGUGGACAAGAAGGAUGUAAUUCUGCAUAGGAUGGCACAGAAAAUCACAACUUUUAGCACUACUGUUCCUUAUGUUGCCCCAGAAGAAGAUGCAACCUUGAAUUUUAUUUGCCAAUGAAAAUUUACCUAGUUUUAAAAUGUGAAAAGGCACUCCUCCCAGAUAUCUGCAGUACCAACAGCUUUAGACUUGUACUUUGUGUGGAUUGCCACUUUCCCCUUCUGAUGAUGUUGAACUGUGUUUGGAUAUGAAGGGACUGUUUCAUGAUUUUCUGCUUCUGAGAAUAAAUUAGCCUUGUUACAAAUUAGAGUGAUUUUUUUUGCAGUUACUCUCCCAGACGCCCUGCCUGAACUGAUAGGAAACUGUAAAGGGGAGAGGUGGGUUCAGCUCUGGUCAUACCAUUCAUCUCGGCUCUCAGUAUUGAAACAUAGGGCUACACUACUUAAUAUUCAAGUGUUCUAUGUUAGAAUUUAAAUUGUAAAGAUUUUUUUAAAAGCAAAAAGGGGAAAAAAAUGGUGCUAAACUUUCACCCCUGAGCACAUUCGGUGAGACUGGUCAUGCAGGCAUAUAGUGCCAGGCUAUUCAAUCCUGCUUUUUCCUUUUCAGAUGUUUGCCCUGUUAUGUGUCUUCAGCAGUGUAAUAGUGUUAAUCAAUUUCAUUUUAAUGGUGGGGGGAGGGAGUUUAGGAGCCAGGUGGGGAGGGAGUUUUGCUGCCAAUCUAAAGACCAGACUUUUAGGAGUGACUUGACCUACUUGGUUUAAUUUUACCAUUACACCAAAGUAAGUUAAAUUGGUUUUGGAGUGAGAGGUGGUCUCAUUCCCUGCCCCUGUUUCCAUUCCAACCUACCAUCCCAGUGUCAAUGGAAAUGCCUCUGUUAAAGUUGGAUUGUGGUGUUUUCUUGUAGUAAGCAGCACAGCAACCAGGCCAUGAAGCACUAAUCAGCCCUCUGAGGAAAAGGGCCUAUUUAACAUUGGUCUCACACAGAAUCCUGUUACAGUGCAGCUGAAGAAGAGGUUAGGUGUUCCUGCAAAAUGUGUAGGGAGGGAGAUGGGCUGUACACAAAGAGAGCUUGCCUUCUGUAUCAUACAUAGCAGUAAUGUAUGGAAUGGAGCCCAAACUGAAAUGCACUAAUACGCGGUUUGACAAUAUGUGGGAACCAACAAAAUAGCCAAUAGAGAGCUAUCUUUUCUAGAGUCCUAGUCCGUUGUUUUCCUCAGCUGAAUAGUGAGUAAUCCGAUCAUGUCAAGACCUUAGCAAUAGCCUUCUGGUCUGACUGGGAACUGGCUCAUCCUUAGCUACAAGUAAGUGCCUUUUGGUCUUGAUGAGUUUAUUUCUGGAUAACUGUGGCUGGGAAUUUCCCUUACUACAGAGCCAUGUAUGUUUAGGGCUUUUUGGGGGGUGGGGGGAGGAUUUCUCAGUUACAUUCCCUAUUGGGAAUGUCUUUGAUCACUGUAGUCUAUUCAUUAUUUGGAUGUUUCCCUUGGUGGUAUUUCUUUUUUACAGCCAAUCUCAAUAGAGGCAUUUCAGUCUGAAAGAUUUUAAGGCCAAACUAUCAUAUCAGCAGAUACCAGGUUGGCUCAUACAGAUCUAUUCUGUUAACCAUAGCACCUUCUUCUGCUGCAAGGUGCCUUUCUCUUAUACAAGAGCCUCUUUCAGUAGCCACUUUUGUCAGAGAAAGUAUUUGUGCUAGAGAAAUGUGCUGCCAUUAGCAGUGGUUCUGCAGGACCCAAUCCAUCACAUCUGCUGAUAAGGGCAAAGUAUUCUAUAAAUUUUAAUAUUCAGGGUUUAUUAGAUUUCACAUUUGUUUUCUCUAAUUCAUCUUGACAUCACAGUCUUCAUUUGACUGCUUUCUGUUCUGUUCUGUUUUAUUUUUCAGAGGCAAAAUGGUUAAGGUUUGGUUAACUUGAGUUUAUUUCCUUUUAAAGCAAGGAACCUCCUUUGACCUUCAUUGCAGAGAUGUCAGACCAAUACUUUGUUAUUACACUUGGUUGCCUCCUAGCUAUAUAACUUCUGAGUGUAAAUCAUUGAACUUUACCCUCUAAUGAAGUAUUGUAGAAAAUAAAUUGUAAUGGAUA